AUGGACGACACUGGAGUGCUGAUCAAGAGCGUGUGGAGGGAGAACCGCCAGAAAGAGAACAGCAUCAUCCGAUCUCACCUUCCCUCCUACCCUUUCAUCUCCAUCUCCACCAAGCAUUUCCGGUACCGCGACAAGAUCCCAGCCAAGUCAUGCACCGCCGUCCACGACUCCAACCACGGUCGCCUCCAACUGGUGCUCGACGUCUUUCCUGUCAGGCAGAUAGGAAUCGUCCUCUUCGACGGCUCCGGCAACCUGCCGAAGUGCCAAGAAACCGGGCAGCCGUGCAUGUGGGAGUUCAACCUCAGGGUGCACGUCACCGAUGACAGGGGGAUCAACCCCGCCGACUUUAUCAUCGGGCUCUUCGCCACCGGCUCUCUCAGGAAAAGCCGCCACUGCUGGGUUGUGUUCAAGGGAGGCCUCGACUUCGGCAGCCUCGUCAAGCUGAUCACCGGCAUUGAACUGCCGCCGGAGCGCCAGGACUUGUUUGCGAAGGUAAAGAUGUACUUCCCCACGUUCUACGACGUCAUGCACGUGGUGGCCGCAACGCCGGGGCUCUCUAAAGCCCGAGGGAAGCUCGAUCGAGUGGCGAAGGCGAUGGGGGUGGGCAGAGAAACUGGACCUCCUUACGGAGCGGCGUCCGACGGUCUGCUGGCGCUGCGUGUGUUCUUGAAGGCGAUGACGGAGAAGUUCGGCGGCGAGUUGCCGGAGGAUCAGGCCAACGUGAUCUUUGGUUUCUGCAGGGAAGGAGAGCGAGUUUGA